AUGGGUAGCGUUUUCUUGCCACAUUUACAUUCUGGCUGGCAUGUAGAUCAAGCCAUUGUCACGGAGCAAGAACGGCUCGUUGUGGUGCGAUUUGGAAGAGAUUGGGAUAAAGACUGCAUGUUGAUGGAUGAGGUUUUAUUUUCGAUCGCCGAAAAGGUAAGAAGGUUUGCGGUGAUCUACUUGUGUGACAUUGAAGAAGUGAAGGAUUUUAACGACAUGUACGAGCUGUAUGAUCCCAUGACGGUAAUGUUUUUCUAUAAUAAUAAGCAUAUGAUGUGCGAUUUUGGCACAGGGAAUAACAACAAGAUGAACUUUGUGGUGGACGACAAACAGGAAAUGGUGGACAUCUUAGAGACUGUGUUUCGCGGUGCUCGCAAAAACAAAGGUCUGGUGGUUUCGCCGUACGACUACAACAGCAAGCGGGUGUGA